UCGUGAAGGAAGGAAUAAAGAUAUAAACGAAUAAACCGAAAGUCAUUAAAAAAAACGAAAGAAGAAUAUUUCAUAUGACAGUUCCACCAUUAUAAGUUUUAGCUCAAAAAAAACAGAGCUUAUAUAAAGAGCAGCAUCCACACCAAAAUGUUUAAUCUUAUCGCAAACCAAACCAAGAAUCAUAUUCCCAAAUCACAAAUCACAAUCCCCUUUUGUGUGUUUCCACUUGCAUAAGUGAAAGAGCCAACACAAAGGGAGGAGCUUCUUCUGUUUUUCUCCAUACUUUUGAGAAGAUGCAGGACAUGAGAGAUCAAAAUCCUCCUCAAGGAUAUCCAGUUGCAGAACAAGUAUCGGAACAGCCUGGACAGGAGGACAAGAAGAAGAAGAAACCACGGUUUUUCGAAACAAAGAAGAAAGGAGACAGAGGCUUCAUUGAAGGAUGUCUCUUUGCACUAUGCUGCUGCUGGAUUUGUGAAAUGUGUUUCUAAGGAAAGCAAUGAACACUAAAGUGUGUGACGCCUGCAGCUUCUUCUGUAUCUAAGAAUGGAUUUGCUUAUCUAAUAGUUAUACCUGAGAGAGAUUGAAGUUUCAGAUUGCUCAAUUUCAAUCUUCCUAAACUAUCUGUGUGGUGUGUUUAUUGAAAGAAGAUUAUUAUACUAAUAAUGUAAAGGAUCAUCCUAUUUUAUGGGUCUUACAAGUUUUUAGACUUGGUCACACAA